ACAAAAUGUUUACAUUGCAAGGACAACCAAUCGACCCAGCAUCUUACGAGACCGAGUUAUUAAAGUAAAACGUCUAAAUGACCUCUCGAUUAUCCUCUCAUUUGUAGUUCACGUAUUAGUUGUUAACGCACGACUCUGCCAGGCGGUCGAGAACAGAAAUCAAUAUGGAAGCCGUUCCUUAUCAUCCACUUCUGGAAGUAACGAAUGAAGAAUUUAGAUCCACCAGAAAAUUCUACGAUAUCGAAAACAUUAAAGUUUUAAACGAAAGCCUCGACUCGGUGGAAGAAUGGAUAAAGAAACAGGAUCAUUUGUCUGAAGCCGGUCGACAUUUGGAUCGCGAAUCUUUAGAAAGACUUUUUUUACUCUCUCGAGCUUCUGUAGAGGGAACAAAAUUAAAAAUUGAAAAAUUUUUCACAACCAGAGGAAUGAUGCCCGAGCUGAAUCUCAACAAAAGAAUCGAGGAAUUUGAAAAACUACUGGACUUUUUGAUCUAUGUGCCAUUGCCGAAGUUACAUCCAAAAGAUAAUUCAAGAGUGAUGGUGACGCAUAUCUUAUCAGACAAAUCGGAAAAUUUCUCACUACUAUCUUAUUUGAGAUUUUGUUUUUUUGUUGGAGAAUAUCGCAUUGGUUAUGAUUACAGUACAGCCGACAGAUAUGUUAUAGAUCUGAAAAAUUUUAACAUGAAUUUACUAACCAAAUUGAAUCCUAUUUUAUUAAAAAAGGCUGAAAUUUUAUGCACGGAAUGUAUCGGUACGAAGAUAAAAGGAAUUCAUCUUUUAAAUGCUCCACCAUUUGUGGAUAAAAUAGUUUUCAUACUUAAACAAGGUCUUAAGGAAAAAGUGGCCAGCAGGCUCACCGUCCACACCACAUAUGAAGAUUUCCAUAAAGAAGUUCCAAAAGAAAUACUACCUAAAGAUUUUGAUGGCGAUGGACCCAGCCUAUCAAAGCUUGCUGACCAAUGGAAGGACAUGCUGAAAUCAGAUGAAGUUAGAAAUGUCAGUGAAAAAUUUGACAAACUGAUUUCGGAUGAAUCGAAACGAUCAGAAAUGAAAUUCAACGAAGAAUACUUAGGAAUGCCCGGGUCUUUUAGAAAAUUAACUGUAGAUUAAUAGACAAGACUAGAACGUUUAAACUUGUAAUUAAGAAUAUUUUGUUGCUUUGGUUUUAUUGAAGUUAUGGUUUUGUACUUUAUGCGUAUUCCAAAUGUAAAUCAUUUAUAUGAUACACUAGUAAUGUACUCGUAAUCUUUAUUAAUAUUUUAUUAUGCUAGUAUAUUGUUUUACUGUGGUUCCAAAGUAUAUGAACCCUGUUUUUCUUUUGUUUUUUUCUGGUGUUAGAAUUAAAUUAGUAAUAUUUUAUAUAAAAUAAAUGUAUAAACCAUAAAACAGGAAUAA